AUGGUCGCCGUCCCCAAGAAACGCACUCUCAAGAUCGGCCGUGCCCUCAAGACCGCCGCCCGCCUCCCCGCCCGCGUCUCCGGCGGCAGGGGCAGCGGCAGGAACACCUUCUCGCCCCUCCCUGCCGAGCUCCCCGUCGCCCUCCUCCGCCUCCAGGUCAUCGGCUGCAGAGACCUCGUCGCAAAGGACAAGAGCGGCCUCAGUGACCCGUUCGUCGCCGUCUCGCUCCUCAGGGACAGACACCAGACAGGCGUCGUGAAGAAGACCAUCAACCCCGUGUACGCCCCCGCCGAUGCCACGUUCGACUUUCCCAUCUACCUCUCCCUCGCGGACAGGCUCGGCGUCGUCGAGUUCGUCGUAUGGGACAAGGACAUGCUCCGCAAGGACUACCUCGGAGAGGCGAACAUCCCCCUCGAGGAUUGGUUUAGGGACGGAAACGCGUUCGCGUUCGACGAUGCGGAGAACAAGCCAAUCUCUGCCCCCAUUGUCUCCACGCGAGUAUCAAUCGCCGCUGCCGGUACCAUCCAGUUCAAGCUUGGCUUCGUCUCGCCCGCCGAUCGCCAGAGCGCACAGGACUUCAGCGAGCUCUUCUCAGAACUCGUCAAACGGUCAAGACCUAGCCUCGUGUCCGCCCCUCCCACCGAGGGCAUUGGUACCAUCCGCUCGAACCAGAUCGGACCAGAGUUUCAGGAUGACGGCCUCACUUCCGACGAAGGGGAGAGCAGCGACGACGACGAGGAAGAGGCCCCGCGACCGUACACCCCGCCCCUCGCGCACCUCUACGUCCCGCCGCCCCCGAUCGACCUGACCCUCACGCUCCCGCCGUCCCCGUCCCUCGAGACACCCACAACGCCGACUGCGGCCGGCCCCUCAACCCCGUCAAUCGUGAAGACGCCUACGCCAGCGCGCCCGGGUACGGCGGGUUUCAAGAGCAUCCCAAGGAUAUUCCCUCGACGAUCCAACUCCGCGAAACCACAGCUCGAGUCGCCGACUACGCCCGUUGCGAGCCCUUCACGUCCGUCACCGCCCCACUCGCCUGCCGUGUCGAGUCCCGGCCCUAGCUCUGGCCUGGGUACGCCCACCCCUGCGUCCCCGCGACCGGGAAUGGCGUCGCGCGCGAAGUUCCGGAAGAGCUGGGGCGGCAUCGGGAACAAGAAGACGGACUUCAACUUCUCGGCCGCUAACGACAUUCUGGGCAUCGUCAUGCUUGAGAUCCAGAGCGCCGCGGAUCUGCCGCGCUUGAAGAACAUGACUCGCACGGGCUGGGACAUGGACCCCUUCGUGGUGAUCUCCUUUGGGAAGAAGGUCUUCCGCACGCGUGUGAUCCGGCAUUCCCUGAACCCCACCUGGGACGAGAAGCUCCUCUUCCACGUCCGGCGAUACGAGACAGCGUUCAAGAUCCAGUUGACCGUCCUCGACUGGGAUAAGCUCUCGUCGAAUGACCACGUCGGCGACGCCAGCUUCAACGUCUCGGAGUUGCUCGCGAACGCGCCGCAGAAGGACGAGGCAACUGGUCUGUACCCCGAAGAUGUCGAUGGCAGCCACCCUAUGCAGGAGUUCAAGCUUCAGCUCACGACGGCGAAGGAAAUGCCAUGGGAAGCGCGACACAAGCCCGUACUCACGAUGCGCGCCAAAUACCAGCCGUACGAUGCGCUUCGGCAGCGCUUCUGGAGGCAAUACCUGAAGCAGUACGACUCGGACGACACCGGCGCCAUCUCGCACAUCGAGCUGACGUCGAUGCUCGACUCGCUCGGAUCCACUCUCUCAAAAGACACCGUCAACUCGUUCUUUACCCGUUUCAACAAGCGUCCUCGCGAGGAUACCUUGACCUACGACGAGGCGAUUCAGUGUCUCGAGACGGAGCUGUGCCGGCCGCGCUCCGAGAAGAAGCUCAUCGACCCGGAGGAGAAUGUGUUCGACACGAGCGCACCCGUCACGCCCGCGGCUACAGGGAACGGAUUCGAGCAUCAGCUCAGCCUCAACCUGGACAAGCUCGACUUCUCCGGGCCAAUGAUGGACCAACUAGGUAUGCCGAAGGAAGGUAGCUCGGACCCAGACCUGUUGCAGAAGCCAGCACCGCCUCCAUCUUACCCAACGGAGCCGAUGCAACAGUCCUUGUCUGCGGCAGCGUCUCUAUCGACCUCGAGAUCGAACUCGUCCGUCCAAGUCCCGCGUGUGACGUUCGCGCGACAAGGGUCAGGAUCGUACUCAGACCCCGAAGAGACGUCGUCACCGAGUGGCGGGUCUUCUCCGUCGAGCUCGGAGGUAUCGACGGGCAAGGCAGGCGAGGACCUGCAUGAACGUGUCAUCAACAUCAAGGUCUGCCCGCUAUGCCAUCGGCCGCGAUUGAACUCCAAGGGCGAGGUUGACAUCGUUACCCAUAUCGCGACAUGCGCGAGUCAAGAUUGGAGUACCGUUGAUAGGAUCAUGGUCGGCAACUUCGUCACUGCGAGCCAGGCGCAACGCAAGUGGUACACCAAGGUUAUAUCCAAAGUCUCGAGCGGGAAUUACAAACUUGGGGCGAACUCGGCGAACAUCAUUGUGCAGAACCGACUCACGGGCCAGCUUGAAGAAGAGAAGAUGCAGGUUUAUGUACGGCUUGGAAUCAGACUCCUCUAUAAGGGUUGGAAGAGUCGCAUGGAAGGCGCGCGAGCGCGGCGGCUUCUAAAGUCAAUGUCCAUCAAGCAGGGGCUGAAGUACGACUCUCCCGAGUCGGCGCGAGACAUCCCCUCGUUUAUUGCCUUCCACAACCUGAAAGUCGACGAAAUCCUCGAUCCAUUGGACUCCUUCAAGACGUUCAACCAGUUCUUCUACCGCAAAUUGAAACCUACUGCGCGCCCUGUAGAAGAACCUGACAACCCGUCACGUCUCGUCUCGGGUGCUGACUGUCGCCUCAUGGUCUUCGAGACUGUUGCUGAGGCGACUCGUCUAUGGAUCAAGGGGCGGGAGUUCACCGUCGCGCGACUACUCGGCGAGCAAUACCGUGCCGAGGCAGAACGAUACCUGGGUGGGGCCUUGUGCAUCUUUCGGCUCGCGCCCCAAGACUAUCACCGUUUCCACUCGCCCGUGGAUGGUACCGUGGGGCCCAUGUCCGACAUAUCGGGCGAGUACUACACCGUCAACCCACAAGCUAUUCGAACAGCGCUCGACGUGUACGGCGAAAAUGUGCGCAAGGUGAUACCGAUCGACAGCCCACACUUCGGCCGCGUCAUGGCCGUCUGCAUCGGUGCGAUGAUGGUGGGGAGUAUCAAGACGACUGUCGCCGAAGGUCAGCAGGUGAAGCGGGGCCAGGAGCUUGGUUACUUCGCCUUCGGCGGCUCCACACUCGUGGUCCUGUUCGAGAAGGGUGCUGUAGAAUGGGACGAGGACCUCAUCAUCAAUAGCCGGGCAUGCCUAGAGACUCUCGUUCGUGUCGGGAUGGGUAUUGGUCGAAGGCGUCGAACGUAG